AGCAAUUCCUAAUUCCUACUUUUUGAUUGCGAACAAGUAGGCAAUUCAGAUAUGCUCGCCGAUUAAUUACUAUUUGAAAAAGUUUAAGUUCACGAUAUUUAGAGAUGGAUACUGUUGAACAGAAAAAACACCUCGUUUUGAGUAUCAUUAAAUUCCUGCAAGAUGAACUGGAUAAAAGUGAUUUAACUGAAGAGAAAAAGGAAUCUGUGGAAGUAGCAAUCCAAUGUUUAGAAACUGCUUAUGAUACAAGUGGUAUGCAGGAAGAAAAUGUUAUAAAUUUGUUGUCUCUUAUUCCAUCCACAUCAGCUAAAAAGGUGACAGAUCAACAGAAGCUGGAAGCAGAAAGAUGCAAAAAUGAGGGUAAUACUGCAAUAAAAAAUGAACAGUACACUGAAGCACUGUUCUUUUAUACUAAAGCAAUUGAUCUUAAUCCCUACAAUGCAGUUUACUAUUGUAAUAGAGCUGCAGUUUAUAGUAAACUUGACAAGCAUUUAGAAGCUCUUAAAGAUAGUAAAGAGGCAAUCAAAUUAGAUCCUACCUAUGGAAAAGCCUAUAGUCGUUUAGGAGUUGCAUAUUCUAACCUCAAUUUGUUUGAAGAGGCCAGAACUGCAUAUAAGACUGCUUUGAAACAUGACCCAAAUAAUGCUAUGUAUGAGAAUAAUUUAAAAUUAGCUGAAGAGAGGUUGGCACAGAGUCAGAGUGGUGGGGGAUCAACUGGGCAGUUACCUGUUGAUAUGGCACAGUUUUUCAAUAAUCCAGCUCUUAUAGGAAUGGCCACACAGAUGCUGAGCGAUCCUAAUUUCAGGAAUACGAUAUUUGAAUUCUUGAAUACAAACCAAAUGGAUAACUACAAUAUGGAUAUGUUAUUUCAAGCGGGUAGUGCAUUAGCCAGCAGAAUGAACGACGUUGAAGGUGUUAGAAGAAAUCCACAAGAUGAUUCGAAUUCUUCUGGGGAACCUAAACAACCGGAAGAGUCUCAACCUUGAAGUGUUUUAGUUUCUUAAUCGAUACAUGUUUUAUGGUGUUCUUUUUUCAGACUGUUGUGAGAGAUUAUAAAGCUAUCAAUACAUACUUUCUCUUAGAUUAAAUGUUAUAUAUUAUAAA